GAAGCCACCUGCCGGAUUUUCGCCAUGACUUCACGCUCCGCACCUACUACACGCUAUUCUGGCCAACUUAGCGAGCCACCUAAGCUUCAUCCGGCCUGAAAUCGAAUGGUACGGCGCUGCAGCCACACUGCACAACACGAGGUCUUUGCAAGCGUACUGUAAACUCUUCAGGCAUGACCUCAAAUAUGGUGAUCCGAAGGCCAUGGUUGCAGCAAGCCGGCUGCUGUCUAAGCUGUGUUUCAUCGACAUGCCAUUGGGGGCGUCUGCAGCGCACUACAAUGAAUGCGACCUAGCAUGGGUGAAGUCCAUGCAGGGAGUGCGGACAAUCUUCUCGACUUCCGGCUUGCAGUCCCAGCUCGUUGGGUCCAUAAUGGGUCCACUCAUGCAAGGCUACCUCGAGAAGGAUCAGCAGUAUCACCGCGAGCAGCCCUGUACCGACAGGCGGCAGACUGCAUGCAUUAUGAAGCAAUUGAACGACACUUGUGAUGCGAGUGUUCGUCAGGCCGACGUGAACCCAUACGCUCUUAUUCUAGCAAGACUCGAGUAACUGAUGGGUAAUUGGCCUACACACGAGCAGGUCGACGUAGACCGGGCUUUCCUUGCGAACUUCGAUACGGACUUUCUCGGGCUGUUCCGUCACGAAGAUGCUCUCGCGCUGUGUUGAUACUGGCCAUAUGGUGUGCAAGUCCAGUAUGGUCCCGCAAUGGUGGAUCACAAACUUCGCGAUGAUGGAGUGCAGGCGUCUUUGUGCUCGGCUCUCGC